GUGGAGGGGGAGGAGUGUGGCUGCCAAGCUGAUCUCCCCUCCCCACACAGCUUCCCUUCCCACACAUACCCGAACUCCCUGGCCUGACUAUAGUCCAUAUUCAAAUGUUUCUUUACCCUUCGACCAACCUCUCCCAGUAUUGCAUAACAGCACCGUUCGGCUUUGGAUAGGAACCUACUCAGUUUCUGUAGACUAUACUCAGAGUCCUAUUUUCUGCACCGAAAGCUGCAGAGUCAAGAGGGGCACCAUGAUAAGCCCAGGCAGACGGAGCUGUUUCCUGUUGUGCCUCUGGGGGAUGCUCCUCUCCCCAUCCUUUCUGUCUGGGGCGCGUGCCGGUAAAGUCCUGGUCUUCCCCGUAGACGGCAGCCACUGGGUCAACAUGAAGCUCCUUAUCCAGGGUCUCCACGAGCGCGGCCACCAGAUCACAGUGGUGCGCACCGCCAGCAGCUGGUACAUCAAGGACGUGUCCCCCCACUACAACUCCAUCACCGUCACCCUGCCCCAGGCCAUCAACAUCGAGGACGAGGACUUCUUUGUGUCUUUCCUGAGCAGGAUGCUGGAGAUCCAGAAGGCCGGGGCCUCCGUUCUUGCCUACGCCUCUUUCUGGUGGGAGCUACUGAACGGACUAUCGGAUAUCCACAGGCAGGCCAGCCAGCUGGCCGUGCAGAUGUUUGAAAACCAGGCGCUGAUGGACAGGCUAAAGGAGACGCAGUACGACCUAGUUCUGACGGACCCGGGCCUCCCUGCGGGGGUUCUGGUGGCCCACGAGCUUCAGCUGCCCACCGUGUUUAAUGUGCGCUGGAUCACCAGUGGGGAGGGGCACUUUGUGGUGGCCCCCUCCCCCAUAUCCUAUGUCCCCACCUCGGGUUCGAACGUGUCCGACAAGAUGACCUUCGCAGAGCGCUUGAAGAAUGCGCUACACUUCCUCCUUAACAUCUGCAUCGACAGGUAUGUGGUCAGCCCGCACUACGACCGCAUUGUGGCCAAGUACUUUGGCCCAGAUGUGAACUUCUACCACCUGCUGCAGGCCAGCGACCUCUGGCUGAUGCGGGUGGACUUCGUCUUCGAGUACCCUCGCCCGACCAUGCCGAACAUCGUCUACAUCGGCGGCUUCCAGUGCAAGCCUUCCGAGCCUCUGUCUGCGGACCUGGCGGCCUUCGUGGAGGGUUCCGGAGAGCACGGGGUCGUUCUGAUGUCCCUGGGCACGCUGGUGAAAGGCCUGCCCAUCGAAAUCACCUCGGAGAUCGCUGCCGCCUUCGCCCGCCUCCCGCAGAGGGUCAUUUGGAGGCACCUAGGCGAGCGCCCCAACAACCUGGGCAACAACACCAUGCUGGUGAAAUGGAUGCCCCAGAACGACCUCCUGGGACAUCCCAAAGUCAGGGCCUUUGUUGCUCACGGUGGCACGAACGGCAUCUACGAGGCCAUAUACCACGGUGUACCGAUUGUCGGCGUUCCACUUCUGUUCGAUCAGUAUGAGAACGUGCUGAGGAUGGAGGUGCGUGGCGCGGCCAAGGUCCUGGACGUCACGAAGAUCGACAGCCAGAGCUUCUGGGAGGUGCUGCAGGAGGUGCUCCAUGUGCCCUCGUAUCGCGAGAACAUGCAGCGCCUCUCCCGGCUCCACAGGGACCGGCCCAUGCCACCCUUAGACAGCGCCAUCUUCUGGACGGAGUUUGUGAUGCGGCACAAAGGGGCGGCACACUUGCGCACCGAGUCGUACAAGAUGCCCUGGUACUCGUACCACUCCCUGGACGUGAUCGCGUUCCUGGCUGUGGUGUUGGCAGUGAUUGUGGGUGUUGUGGUGGGCACACUUCGCUUCCUGUGUCUCAGACUGUGCAGAAGGAGCAAACCAAAGCUGGAAUGAAUGAAUGGACACUAAAGAUGAGUUUAAUCAGUAAAAGGUGCAAUCAUGUAGGCUUUGUUGUCAAGCAUUAUAAAGUAUUUACACUAAUCAUGUUUUUCUGAAGGAACAGUGGAAAAAAUACGAUGAUUCGCAAUAUUCCUUUGAACUGUUGUUUUUUAAGGCCAGUGAACUGUAAAGAAAUGCAAUAAAAUAACUCAAAUUUUCUGAAUUUAUGCCUAAAGAAGGCCCUGAUUGCUGUGAGUCUAGAAGCAGUUUUCGUAGGAAAGGAUAUUAGAUAGUGUACCUUUAGGGACAGGGAUCAUUCAUCCAGGUGGCAGCUUUACCUUACACUACAAAAUGUUUAUUUACAUAAAAAAAUGUUCAUGGGUUCAUAACUCAAACAACACUAAGGGAUUCUUAAAUAUCCAAAGGGAUUCUAUACCUAUUAUUAACAAAGAAUACUUGAUAUACCUUCAAAGAGUUCCAACUGAAGGGUUCUUGAUUGCACCCUUGUUUUCUACAGUAAAGAUUUUUGUUUCUAGAGUAGAGUGCACUCGUAUGGUUCUUUCUGAGUGAACGCUCUUGGUUGGACCAACAGUAAGCUCUCUAGACAAACUAGUUUUGUUUAUAGGAAUCAUUACCCCACUUAGGCUGCCUGGGUGUCCUUUUGUGUUUGAUUGGAGCCUAUUGUUGUUGUCAGUAAAUAAGCUUCGGGUGUAACCUAGAUAUUCAGUUACCGGACAAAUCUGGCUAUUACAACGUCAGAUAUUGUAUUUUGUUCAUGUAUUUCAUAUUUGAUUAUGCAUAUCCUUUUUUUUAUUUCACAUGUUGGACAGAAAAUGGACACUUGCAUUGCUGUUUUGUGAAUUUUGAUGAUACAGUGUAUCACCCAAUCAGCGAUACAAUUGUGUUGUUUUGGUGCUAUAUAAAUAAAAUUUAGUUGAACUUAA